CAAUGGUUAUGCUGAUGACACUUGAUUUGGCGCAAUAGUUAUGCUGAUGACACGUGAUUUGGCGCAAUGGUUAUGCUGAUGACACGUGAUUUGGCGCAAUAGUUAUGCUGAUGACACGUGAUUUGGCGCAAUGGUUAUGCUGAUGACACGUGAUUUGGAGCAAUAGUUAUGCUGAUGACACGUGAUUUGGCGCAAUAGUUAUGCUGAUGACACGUGAUUUGGCGCAAUAGUUAUGCUGACAUUUGAGUCAGAUGCAAUCGUUCUGUUAUUUGGCCAAGUAUAACCUUUCAUCAUCACAAUUCAAUUGUGUUACACAGCACACAUUUCAAAAGUGCAAAUAUUUCUUAUUAAUAAUACAGCCCCGUAUAUUCUAGAAUUCUCUACAUGGAACAUGUGGGAAUUUUGUGAUAUUUGAGUGAGCCCGCACCACAAAACAGUUUCACAGUUUUCAGCGGUCAACCGAAGAUCAUUAGAAAUCCCUCUCUUACCAUACAAGCAAUAAUAAUAAUCGGAUAGCCCGCCUAUUCAAUCAAAUAUUUAUGGUGUUUUUACCGACGAAUUUACAAAACAUUCCUUUCGAAAUAAAUGCAUCUUAACAUAGCUAUUUCAAACUAAUGGAAAUCACACAGGACUAUAGUACAACAAUUAAAGUUUUUCUAACUGUUCGUAAUAGCAAUGAUAACGUUACAUACCUAUUAGAAAUAGUUCUUUCAAGAAGAAGGAAGCAGUAGCAGGAGUUUGAAUAAAAAACAUUUACGUCGUUUUAAAUUUGAAAUACCAUAAAGCGACGACCAGGACAAGAUUGGACGAGGUUUUUUUUUUCUAUUAUUGUAAAAAAUAAAAAAACACUCUAAAAAAUACUUAUAUAACUACUUAUAUAAGCGAUACUUAUCGUUUUUGCAUCUGUUUUGGUUGUUUUAUUGUAAUCUCCUUGGGAAAGUACAUGUUUGGUCAUUGGUUCGAGUCUACUUAGCGGCUAAUGGCAGAUCGCCUAAGUUGAAUGCAAAAUUAGAGAAGCGUUGACCUAAAAAUACCUUUUAAAAACACGAAAUUGCAUGAUGAAUCUCGUGCUGCUCUGGUCAGAUGUUUUAGUUAGAAAUUUGGACGUCUAUUCACAGAGGGCAAGAAGCCUACAGCGCGUCUACAAUGUUUACAAUCGCGGUCAGCUAAGAUUUGUUAUAAAUGGAAAGAAAAACCAUCGUCGGUCGAAGUCACACGGGGAAUUUAGGUCACUAGUUGAAAUAAGUAGUUUAUGUAUGAAGACCGCCAAGAUACGGGAUUAGAUAACAAGAUUUCAGACGAUAAAAGAUGGGGUUCUUCAAGAAUUCGGUGGAAGCGCCGAAAAGCCUUUCAAAGAACACUCACCCGACCCUCAUGGAAGGAUUAUUGUUGAAGAGCUUGAAUGAUCAGAGACAAUCUAAAAUUCUAUGCGACGUUGUGCUGCUCGUAGAAAAUGAAGAGUUUUCAGCGCAUAAAGGGAUUCUAGCUGCAAAUAGUCACUAUUUUAUGGCUAUGUUUACAACCGAUAUGAUCGAGAAAGAGCAGGAAAGAGUGAUCUUGAAGAAAUUGAAGCCGUCUGUUGUUAAAGAAAUAUUGGAUUUCCUAUACACCGGUCGAAUUGAGAUUGACAAUAAAAAUGUGAGGGACUUACUAGAAGCAUCUAGUUUUCUUAUCAUUUCCUCGGUUAAUGAUAAAUGCUGGCAAUUCUUGGAAGAAUAUCUAAACGUAGAAACAUGUCUCAUAGUUCUUUCAAUAGCGGAUGAGUUUUAUAAUUUGGAUUUAUACAAGAAAGCCUUGAAGUUUCUCUGUAGAGAAUUCUUGAGCGUUGCAAAAACGCGGGAGUUCCUUGAGCUGAGCACAGCGGAAAUCAAAGAAUUGUUAUCAAGCGAUGACAUUUACUUAGAUGAUGAAAUACAACUGCUAGAAAUCUUGAUAAAAUGGGUUAACUUUGACAGAUCAAAUAGAAGAAAGUAUAUCCCUGAGCUAAUGAAGCUAGUUCGAUUUCAUUUCAUAAAACCGGGAAUUUUGGAUAGCCAACUAUUCAAAGAUCUUGCUACAGACUUAGAAAUUGUCUCUCAAACGGAACAACUUUCAAGUUUGACAAGCGGUGGCGAGGCACCGCGGAAAUCGUAUAGCAAUAUAGAAGUUAUUAUAAUUGCCGGUGGGGUGGACGAAACAAGAAUUUUGGAUACUGUGUGUUGCUAUAUUCCUUCAGCGAAUAAAUGGUGUGAGUUAGCAAGCAUGAAUACUCCAAGAUGGAGGUCACAAAUGGUGCUGUUAAACAACUCUGUCCUGGCAAUCGGCGGACUUAAAGAGGUGUCGACAACAAACCCCGAAAUCCCAUUCCUGGAAACAUACCAGCCGCGCAAAGACUCAUGGCAAGCUAUACAGACUCUCGAUCUUCCGUUCCCAGUCGAAAGCGACUCAUAUCAGACGGGUAGGCUUGGGGACGAGGUCAUAUUUGUAGGCGAUAACCUGCAGACGUCACGUGUAUUCGGAAUGAGAGAUAUCCAAGGGGCGGUAAAAUUCACGACCUUAGCGCCCACCCUGAUUGGACGGAUAGGACAAUGUGUUGUGACGUCAUCUGAGUAUCUGUAUGUGAUUGGUGGGUCUUCUCUGCCUGUGUCUAGCUUGACACCGUUUGGCGAGGACGCGGUGCAAAGAUACAACAGGGACAGAGAUGUCUGGGUCAGUGCAGCCCCGAUGAACCAGCCUCGAUUUGGUGCCUCGGCCGCCAGUAUAGACAAUAAGGUCUAUGUGAUUGGCGGUUGCCAUGGUCGUAUAACCCACCAAUCAGGUGAAGUAUACGACCCAUCCACUGAAAGAUGGACUUUCAUCGCUCCUAUGGCAACAGCAAGGGUGCACUGCGCGACGGCAGUGCAUGAUGGGAAGCUGUGGGUAUUUGGAGGGUUGUCUGAGCCUCGGGGGUCAGCGGUAAGAGACGUGGAGUGCUAUGACCCGGAUACGAAUAAUUGGACAAGUGUUGCGCCCAUGCCGGGCGCUCGGGCGGACUUUAGCUGCAGUGUAGGUCAGGUAGCUUAUCGGACAGUCUGUGAUGUACUAGGGUUAUAGCACCCUCUCUUACUGACCCACUUAUCGGACAAUCUAUGGUGUGAAUACGGUCAUAGAAUCGUCAUUUACUGGCCCACUAAUCGGACAGUCUAUGAUGUGAAUAAGGUCAUAGUAUCGUCUCUUAUUGGCCCACUAAUCGGACAGUCAUGAUGUUCUAGAGUCUGAAAAGGGUCAAAGCAUCUUCUAUUGUAGGCCACUUAUGAGUCCCUAAUGAGAAUUUUAUCUAAGAAAAAAUCCAACAUAGAAAGUUUCUUCUCUAAUCAGUGACAAAUUAAGCAAUACAGGAUCAAAUCAGGUCUUUUUUGAGAGUUGCUUUGUUUAUCUGUAUUCAGGGAAUAGCACGCUUCAGCCUUAUGUGUGCUGAAUUAAGGGGGUAAUCAAAGGGGGUAAUCCAAGCCAGUGAUAAAAGCAAUUAUUUAACGUUCUUGGCCAUUCCGCAGCUGCCAAUGUUUUAGUGCCAAAAAAACAUCAAUAAGAUUUGAGCUUUCUUCCACAAGUGCCAAGUAAUGGGCGGAUGGUGAAUGAUGUGUGGGUUGCAGUGGAACCUCGAUAUACCGAUACUUAUUUCUCGCCAAACAUAAGAUAUAUGGCAAGUCAACUCGAUUAAACGAUAUUGUCGAUGUAACGAUACCAUAUUUUGGUCCCUUGCCAUGACGUUAUUUUGAGGUUUCACUGUAUCAGGUUAAGUUUUACAUAGCCAGAACAGAUGGAUCUUUUGCAUAGUGUAUUAUAGUUGUAAAUUUAAUUUAUCAAUAAAUCAAAGCUUUUGUUAUAAAAA